GCCAAACGUCCAAUUCACUAGCAGCCCUGUGCUUCUUGACUUGGGUUGGUUUAAAGAAACUAAUGGCUCACAUGUUGCAAGCGUUAACAAGCCCCUCUGUGCAAACGCCCGUUCUAUGAAUAAACUUUCUUGUGACUGAAUCCAGUAAGCAUCCAGAUGUCUUCGCAACGCUUUGUCUUGGCGUCCAUUUCCUUGCCGGGCGGCGCUCCGACAGCAACAGGGGAACAGCAGCGACUGCAAUUCGACUGGCAGAUUCCAACUGCAUCCGCGCAACUUCUGGCCUUAAUUUGCCCUCAUGUUACUGUGUCGGUGACCGACAGUUCUGGGAGGUUGGAUGCCAGCUCAGCACCCACCGCUUCGCCGAAAGAGCAAAAGCAACAGCAGUCGCUAAGCCCGUGCUCUCCACCUUCGCAUCAGCAAGCUUACGGCAGUCAAGGUGAUCAACACUCCCGCUUUCAACCGUCGACGCAACAUUCAUCCAACCGACAUGUCGUCAAGGAGCAAGGGCAGGUCGACGACACGGGGAGCUUGGCCGUGGAGUCAAUAGGUGGUCGGCGUCGUCGCGUAUACAUGCCCCGCAACGGCGUGGACCUCAGCCGUGAAUCCUUGGCAUGGCAAGGAUUUGACAUUGUCGAUGAGCGACAGACGCACGAAGACCACUUCCAUGCCCUCGUCCACGCCUACCUCCUUCCCAACGGCUUCCCGGACAGCGUUGCACCUCAGUAUGCUCCUUACAUGUUCUGGCGUGGCGUGCAGUACUUCUUCGGCGGCGCCAUGAGCGUCUUUACGACGCAGUCCCUGCUGGGCGCGCUGGGUGUGGCUGGGCGCUACAGCGGGGAGGCUUCGGCGGCUAUCAACUGGGUCAUCAAGGACGGCGCGGGGCGCCUAGGCCGCCUGCUCUUCGCGCGCUGGGGCCGCGAGCUGGACUGCGAGCUCAAGCAGUUCCGCCUCUUCGGCGACCUGCUGAUGGAGGCGGGUGCGGCGCUGGAGCUGGCCACCGUGUACGCCCCGCCCGCCUUCCUGCCGCUGGCCUGCACCGCCAACCUGGCCAAGAACCUGGCGGCAGUGGCGGCCUCAGCCACUCGGGCGCCCAUCUACCGCACCUUUGCGCGCGCCAACAACCUGGCGGACAUCACCGCCAAGGGCGAGUCGGUGGCCAACCUGGCUGACAUCCUGGGCACCGUGGCGGGCAUCCUGCUGGCGCGGGUGAAGCUGCCCACGGUGGCGACAUUCACGCUGCUGUCUGCGGGCUACCUGCUGUCCUCCCGCCGUGAGGUGGACAGUGUGGAGCUGCCCUACAUGAACCGCGCCCGCCUCGCCUACGCCACCCGCCGCUACCUGACCGAUGGUUGCGUGCCGGGCGUUGCGGAGGCCAACCAGCAGGAGCCGCUGCUGCCCUGGGGCCGCUACAACCAGCGCCGCCUGGUGCUGGGCGCCUCGGUGGAGGCGGCGUGCGCGGGGCCGGCGGACCUGAGCUACGCGGCGGGGCUGUUCCGGCAGGGCAGCUACGGAUACAUGGUGACCUACAGACCCGACACCCGGAAGGCCUACGUGUUGCUGCGCGAGGGCGCCACCAGCUGGGACUGCCUGCAGGCCUCCUUCUUCGGACACGUCUUCCUGCACCUGUUGGACGGGGGCAGGCUGGACGCGGAGGGGCUGCCGCUGCAGCCGGCCGCCAGGCAGGCGCUGGGGGCUGCGGCAGCAGCACCCAGCACGGUCGGCGGCCCCGGGGCAACGAGACCCGAUGCGGCGACAAGGGCGGUGUCCUCAACAGCUGGCGCACGCAGUGCUGCGAGCGGUGGUGGGUGUACGGGGGGGAAGGAUGCGAGCCGGUGCAUGGGGAGAGCCAGCGCGCAAGCGGGGUCCGAGUUCGGGCCGGGGCGAGCGUGUACGGCAGGAGAUGCAACGGCUGGUGGCUCGGAGUGUUGGCGGACGGCUAUGGUGCGCGCGCAGGCGGUUGUGGCGGCACUUUAUCCGGACUUCCUAGCCCGGGCGGAGCGGUGCGGGUGGAAGCUGCAGCAGACCAUGUUGAACCCGCAGGAGAGCCGGCUGGUGCGGGUGGCGGUGCCACUGCAAGCAUGAGGGUCGGUGCACUGCAGGGGGAGAGAGGGGAGAAGCAACGAACGUGGCAAAGUAGCAUGGGAGCUGGAGGGCGCCAGGCGCUGAUGGUUAGGGAUGAAGGCGGGACUGGGAGGCAGGUCUGUGGAUAGCGGUAGGAUUUUGGAAACUUGCAAGCUGAGCGUGCUGAGAGUGAUGUGUGAGCUUGAGUGCGGAUGAUUAGCCUAGUUUUUGCGUGAUGGGCCCGUGAUUUUCAUUAUCGGCAACAAACCGUGGCUAACAGAUACGUAAGCAUGAUAGAAGCGGUUCAGGCGCGGAGGCAGUGGCGUCCGGACGUUGUUAGCUCCCGAGAGAGGCACUGACGCAUGUACCGGUAGCAAGAGUGGUAUGGGCGCGAGCGCGGGAGUGCAUGCGGGCUGCGAUGCACGAGGCAGGUGCACACCCAUAUUGGCGUGUGAGCCGACCUGGCGCACACGCCGGGGGUAUUGUACGGCAUGUGACCUGAUAAUUACCCGGUGCUUGGGUGUACAGUACGUUGCGUGAUCGCCUUCAGGCAGGCAGAGUCCCCAGGCUGUGCCUGGCGGAACGUCCUUUUCAAUGUAGCUAUUUAGGUAUCCGCUUGGUAUUAAUGCCUUGAUUGGUGAGGAUGUGGAACAACGCCUGGGUUGUUGAAGAUGUGG